AUGAAGCUGCUCUUCCGGAAGCGAGACAACGAAGACAUGGCCUUCGGGCUGGUGGCGGAGGAGGACGACGAUCUGUGGCAUCUGUACAACCUGAUUAGCAUCAACGAUGAAGUGGAGACCGUCACGUCGAGGAAGGUACACAAGGAUAUUGGGAACAACACCUACGCCACGGAAAUCAGGAAAAUGAGACUAACACUCAUGAUAACAAAGGUGGACUUCGACUCAGUCAACAACAGUCUCAGGUUAUCAGGAAAAAACAUCAAAAGCAACGACUACGUAAAAAUGGGACAAUACCAUACCUUCGAAAUAGCACUUAAUGAAAAAAUAAAAAUAAAAAAAAAAAACUGGGACAGUGUGUAUAAGCAAAAGUUGGAGGAAUGUACCAACGUAAGGAUGAAUUCUAAGGUAGCCAUCCUGCUGGUGAGCUGCGGAGAAGCGCAAAUGUAUCUCCUCACGGAAAAUCUCUGUAAACAUAUAUUCACGCUAAGUAAGGUGAUUAAGAAAAAGAGAGAAAAGAACAAUAACAGUCUAUACGCAAAGUCGUUGGGCGCAUUUUUCCAGCAACUGCUUCAGCAGCUGGUGAAAAAUGUGGAUGUAGAAAAAAUGCAAUGUAUCAUUCUGGGUGGACCGGGUUUUUUUAAAAACGACUUUCUACAAUAUGUGUAUGAAAAAUCAGAAAAGAAAAAUGACAAAGACGUGCUGAGCAUGAAGUCCAAGUUUCUCAUCGUCAAGACAUCCAGCGUGAACAGAAAUUCCGUCAACGAAAUAUUGAGCAGUGAACAAAUAAAAGACCAAGUGUUAAACAUGAAGGUCGUUUCUCACAUGGACGUUUUAAAUCGCUUUUACAAAUUGUUUGAUAAAAGUGAAGAGAAAAUUUGCUACGGAGAUGCUGACGUGAGAUAUGCUGCUUCGUUGCAGGCCAUCGAAUCUUUGCUCAUUACCGACCGGACUUUUCGGAACUGUGACGUGGUGACGAGAAAGGAGUACGUCGCCAUGGUGAGUAACGUGAAGAACAGCGGUGGACGUGUGUUUAUCUUUCCAGACAACCACACCACGGGCGAGCAGCUCAACGCCCUGACAGGGAUUGCCGCCAUUUUGAAGUUCCCCGUCUAUGCGCCGGAGCAGCAAAAUGAGAAGCGCGAAGACGGGGAGAAUUGA